AUGGUUGGCCUCCUGCCUUGUGAUGGCCGGACGCCUAUAGUGCCUUGGAUGGCCGGACGCCUACAGUGCCUUAGAUGGCUGGUCUCCUAUAGUGCCUUGGAUGGCCGGCCUCCUAUAGUGCCUUGUGAUGGUUGGCCUCCUAUAGUGCCUUGUGAUGGUUGGCCUCCUAUAGUGCCUUGUGAUGGCUGGCCUCCUAUAGUGCCUUGUGAUGGUUGGCCUCCUAUAGUGCCUUGUGAUGGCUGGCCUCCUAUAGUGCCUUGUGAUGGCCGGCCUCCUAUAGUGCCUUGUGAUGGCUGGCCUUCUAUAUAG